ACUGCCAAGAAGAGGAGGCAUUUUCUUCCGGCAAUGAACUUCUCGUUUCCCGAGCACUUCUUGGAUCUCAACCUGAAUGCCACGGAGGGCAACAUUUCAGAGUCAAAUGUCAAGAACAAGUCUUCCCCGUGUGAAGACAUGGGCAUCGCCGUGGAAGUGUUUCUGACUCUGGGUCUCCUCAGCCUCCUGGAGAACAUCUUGGUCAUUGGGGCCAUCGUGAAGAACAGGAAUUUGCACUCCCCCAUGUACUUCUUCAUUUGCAGUCUGGCCGUGGCGGACAUGCUAGUGAGCGUGUCCAAUGCCUGGGAGACCAUCAUCAUAUACUUGCUAAAUAACAGGCACGUGGUGAUGGCGGAUGCCUUUGUGCGCCACAUUGACAACGUGUUUGACUCGAUGAUCUGUAUCUCUGUGGUGGCCUCCAUGUGCAGUUUGCUGGCCAUCGCCGUGGACAGGUAUGUCACCAUCUUCUACGCCCUGCGCUACCACCACAUCAUGACAGCGAGGCGCUCGGGAGUUAUCAUUGCCUGCAUCUGGACCUUCUGCACGGGCUGUGGCGUCAUCUUCAUCAUUUACUAUGACUCUACUUAUGUAAUCAUUUGCCUCAUUUCCAUGUUUUUCACCAUGCUGUUCCUCAUGGCGUCUUUGUACAUACAUAUGUUCCUCUUGGCACGGACUCAUGCCAAGCGGAUAGCAGGGUUGCGUGGGUACAGGUCUGUGCGACAGAGGACCAGCAUGUGCGGUGCUGUCACCCUGACCAUGCUGCUGGGCAUCUUUAUUGUGUGCUGGUCCCCCUUCUUUCUCCACCUCAUUUUAAUGAUUUCUUGCCCUCAGAACCCUUAUUGCUCUUGUUUUAUGUCUCACUUCAAUAUGUAUCUCAUACUCAUCAUGUGUAAUUCUGUGAUCGAUCCUCUGAUAUAUGCCUUCCGAAUUCAGGAGAUGCGAAAGACCUUUAGAGAGAUUGUGUGUUGCUAUGGUUUCAGAAUCCCCUGCAGGCUCCCUCGCAGGUACUGA